AUGAGGUCAUCCGUUCGAGGAAGAGCCAUGAUGAGUGGAUUCAUGGGUGCUACAGCCUCCUGUUUUGCGAAGUUGGCUUUUGAAGCGAACAACGCGGAUUCGCCCGCGGGACGGAAGUGGAUGCCGAACGUGUGUGCCGUUCAAGCCUCAUCCGAUACAACAGCAGCUGCCACAAUAUUGUGCUCGAUCCUCCGCUUGAUACCUCGAGGAAUAUGCUUGAUUCUAAUGAUCGUCUGCAACGCUAUCAUGCUGGGGAGCUUUUUGGAAGGCAUGGAAGAGUCGGGUAGUGUCGCCGGCACAGCGCUAGCGACGGCGUCGAAUUUCGCAACUUCGGCUGCUUACGGCUUUUUUCUAUGGGAAGAAGAUUUGUCCAUGGAAUGGAUGGUUGGCUUUGGUAUGGUGGUGGUCGGUGUUCUAAUUCUGUCAACAGCGACGGCUUCCAAACCGACACAAGCAGAUGCCUCGAAAAUGGAAUGA